AUGAGUGUUUUCUUUAGGAAUACGACGAGGCACUGGAACGAGGCAAGAUUGAACUGUUACGUAAAUACAAAGCGUUGCAUGAUGAACGGCUCGCAAAAGCUCAGAAGCAACUCUGACCUGUCCAGUGGGGACAAGAGGACUCGUGGAGAGUCUCAAGGAAGUGAUCAGUAUGGUAGUGACGACGAUCUUCGAUCAACUGUAUUCAAAAGAAUUUUUAAAACCUAUAAAAGACGUGUUCCGCCGCCAGAUUUGAGUGGUGUUCUUGAUCCAUCAUGCAGUAAUCAAUAUGAAAUCAUUAACCGCCAGCUGCUGAACUUAAAAGACAUCACAUCAAGUGAACUGGAGCAACUGGGAUUGAAGCCGUUGGAAGAGUGGAAUGUCAGGACGUUGAACGGCAGGCCAGGACUGUAUAUCAUUCCUAAUGUACUGAGGUACUUGUUUUUCUAG